AGCCUCGGUUGCUAGGAAACAUGCGCCCUCCCUUGGUGCAGCUCGGAGAUCACAGGCCUACACCACUUUCCAAAAACCUUGUGGCACUACUGGGCUUUAGCAAGUUUUAACGCAGCCUACAGUAUCAUAGAAAUCCCGAAUAGUUACUUGGAACAGACUCUGCCCCAGCAGUAAGAUGGCACUGUCGAAAGCUGGAGUAUUCACCCUAGUCUUUCCGGUUUUCUUGGCGGGUCUGGUCAUCCGUCCACCUAUCCUCGAAGACUAUGCUAAGAAGCUGAUAGACCAGGUUCAGCGCGUCAAUUUGACCAUCUCUGCUGAGGUCGUUCCCAACACGCUCGCCGCGGUGGUCGACAGUCCCAUGUUCCGGUUUGCCGUGGUGUACGGGCUGGUCGCCGUUACCACCUACCUCGCCCUUGGGGUCUACAAGGCGUUGAGGGAGCCCCUCGCCAUCUAUUGCGACGAGCCCAAGGUGGCCUACUUUGUGGAAGGGGUGGCUGAGGGGAAGACCAAGGAGGAGCAGGUGAGGGAAUUUAAGAGAUGGCGGAGGGUUGGGGACGUUCCACCCGUCUACCCCAACGGCUGGAUGUCGGUUCUGAUGUCGUCUGAACUGAAGAGGAAAGAACACAAAUUCGUGCACGUGGCGGGCAAGAACCUGGCCGUGUUCCGGGGCGAGAGUGGGAACGCGUACAUCGUGGACGCCUACUGCGCCCACCUCGGAGCUAACCUAGCCGUGGGAGGCUCGGUGCAGGGCGAGUGCAUUGAAUGCCCCUUCCACGGCUGGCGGUACAGGGGAAGCGACGGCAAGUGCGUCAAGAUCGGGUACGCCGAAAAAGUGCCUGACUUUGCCAAGAUCCCAACCUACCACUCCUGCGAGGUCAACCAGAGGAUCUUCUUCUGGAACCACGCCGAAGGCAAGGAACCAGAUUGGCAGAUCCCGGAAUUGAAAGAGGUCACCAAUGGGGAAAUGUACCCAGUGGGGUUCACCGUCGCAGAAUACGAUGGCCACAACGAAGACGUUCCUGAGAACGGGGCUGACGUUGCGCACCUGAACUACCUCCACGGACCGAGAGGCUUCACGGGCAGGGACACGUUUACCGACGCCACUUGGGAGGCCCACGAGACUGAGAAACACAUAGCUUCAGUGUACAUCACCAGCCACCAGGCGAAGCUCUUUGGCUUCAUCCCCGUGCCGACCGACCGUUUGCGCGUCGAUCAGAUUGGACCGUGCUUCGCCCACUUUCAAUUAAACCACGGUAUGGUUGGACGGAUGGUCUUUGUCCUUUCGGUCACGCCCAUCGGUCCUAUGAGACAGAGAAUUGUGACCACGGCUUUCUAUCAAGGCAGCCGCCUCGCCUUCUACAUCGGCAAGCGGGUCCUUUAUGAACAGUAUUACCAGAUCGAGGGAGACAUACCCGUGUGGGCCAAUAAGGUGUAUCUCCGCAACGCCAUGUUGGUGAAGGAGGAUCAUCUAAUCGCGAAGCACCGGCGCUUUUACGCCCAGUUCUACUCCGAGAACAGUCCCAAGUACACCCAAGAGGCGAGGUCCGUGGACUGGUAAAAACCCGUGGGAAGUCUCAAGGCCACGCAGAGGGGGUAAAACUUACUACCCCGCUCAUCACAGCUUUACUAACUUCUCAACGUUCUAGACCUCUUGCCAGGUCGACCAACCUUCCCUUUAUGAUGCUUUACGCCAUUUAUGAGCAACAACUUGACAUUUACAGUUAAAUAAACUUUAAUUUAAAAAAAUGAAAUAAAAUAAGGAUAAAAUGCGUCAAAUCGCCAUCGAUCUUGUCAAAUCGCCAUCGAUCAGGAUCAUUUUCAAUAGGUUCGGAACGAAUGAGUUAUAAACUAGACACUCCUUUGCAAAAUAAUUUACGUGUUACUUUGAGUGCCUAUUUCAGCAUUAUUAAAUUUAUGUCAAGCCUAUUAAUUAACAAAUCAUGCUGCAUAUAUUAUCAUUCAUUUUCACCCGCUAUGCUAUUUCUUCAAGAAGAUGAGAUAGAAUUAGAGUCAGCAUCACUGUAGCUUCACUGUCUAUGUUUACACUGAUUCAAGAAACAUUUUAUAUCUUUCAUUUUUAGGACACUCUUUAGCCUUUUGUUUGUGCCCCUCUUUUGGGAUUACAUCCACAGCUAUAAUUGAAUGCAAAUGUGAGAAACUAAUACGGGCAUUGCACUAUAUUGAGCCUCCAAGAGUUUGCAACGCGUUGGCCAAUCGCAAUGUGCGAAAUCUGUUAACCCCUUGCGCGUUGAAAAA